AUGUCUACUUCAUCCCCUCUGCAGCCCGUCGAUCCAGCGACGUUUCAUCAAAAUGAAGAGGAGAAGGAGAAGCCAUGGAUCGUACGCAAGAUUGUCCAGUCGCUCACUGGUCGUAUCGUCGUGGCCGUGGCCCACACAUUGUACGCUACUGGCACCACGGUGGUGUGUCUGAGCCCAUGGGGCGACUCUGUCCCCUUGAUCCUGCCCUGCAUUCGGUUUCGGGACGUGGUUAUUCACUCCGUUGUGGCCGCUACGGGCGGUGCAGCCAUCGUCGCAACACCUUUGAUGGGCACUGCCGGUGGUGUCGUUGUGGAAUCGUUUGGAAGUUCAAUCGUUGUUGAACUUGGGGUGUUAGCCGCUCAUGAAGCCACAGGGACGGUGGCAAACCAUCUUUUGAUAAAUAAACCGACAGACCUUCUUAUCCCGAAGCACUCUGGAAAGCUUGAGACGACAGAUAUAAAGAAGCUCCUCAUUACCCUCACCUUCAAGCACAUUGUCACCGACGCGUCUCUCGGUUUCUUCCGAGCGCCAGAUUCAAAUGCCUCCGACAAUUCCCUCUUUAGCGGUAUAAUGGACUAUUUCUCGAUUGAGAAAGGAUGGUUCAGUCCAUAUCUUUUCGCCAGUUGCCGUCGACCGUUGAUUCCAAGGACGAUGGUACCUGACGUUGUUUUCAUGCAUGGCCCAUGGCUGAGGGGAGAUUAUGCGAUCGGAUCAACGCUCCUCAAGCAUAGCGAGAACGUCGUUGCACUUGCACCUGAGCCAGCACCAGUCGAAGAAACCAACGACCCAAGUCUCUUCCAGAAAGCUAUUUCUGCUCUUAAUUUCGGCAAAGCAACACCGUCAGAACCUGGUCUGACACCUGAGGCCGCUCAGAAACUCGAGGCAGAAGCAAGGCCACCCUCUCCAAAGGGGUUCGAUCGACUGUCCCAACUUUUUGGUCACAAAAAAGUGGCUUCAAAGGAAUCCCUGAACACAAGCCAUGUCUCUGAGCCAGCUCCGGCCAACUCGGCAUCGACUGAUACCAAAUAUCCCCCGCCAUCUCAUCCACCCCCCGGCCAUGACACUGUCGGAGCGCAUCCUACUGACGCUCCCGUGCAUCAGACUCUUAGCCCGCCUCCUGCUGCUGCUGCCCAAGGACCCACCACCAUGAUCGACAGAGUGCAAGAUCAGAUCAAUCAGUGGAUCAAAACCAAACCAGAUUCGCAGGCAAAAGAGGAUUCUGUAGCUCCCAAUGUCCCACCAAUGCCCCCCAAUCGUCGCAUGGUCGUCCUUGUCCUUGCAAUAUCUCCUCAUAGAGCUGGCGUUUGGACAUCAUCUCAGAGACCGGGUGAAUCAGUAAUCAAUUACACGCUCCUCAACGGGUGUCCGGCACUCGUAGUUCCAAUCAAACUAGGCUGUCCUUUGAUUGCCUGGCAUGCAGUGACGCUAAAGACCCUGCAAGGUCUCAAAGGUGGCGUGGAUGGUCCGGCAUUCCAAUCCACUCUUCGAGCGUUGAACACAUACAUGGAGUUUUGCGUGGAUGAGGAACGCCUCGAACUUCCUCCUCUUUACGCCGAACAAGGAAUCAGCAAGCAAAAGGCCGUCAGUAUCGGCCUAGAGCUGGUGCUUGCUGGUGCUGUCCGGAGUGGUACGAAUGCCAAAGUGAAGAAGGAGAUUGAUAGCGAGAGAGCAGGGAUUGUAUUCUUCAGAAUACCCUACAUCUUAAACUCGUUGAAAGCUGCAAGCUCCCACUCAAAGUUUAAAAGCGAAGUGUUGGCGCUUGUGAUUGGUCACUGUCAGAGUUCCAGAGCAAAGCUUAGACCUGACGCCUUUUGUUGUCGGCCUGGUUCGCCGCAAAUUACUCUCCUGAAACUCAAUAGGAGUGUAGGGAGUCGUAUAGCACGUUUAUUUGCAGCCAGCGCGAGAAAGAUGGCCACAGUUGGACAACCGAUGGAUGAUUCGUACGCUGAGCGAGCAAGGAAGGCUGCGGCAGCCCCCAAAUCUCGAAACAACGUCAAGAAUUCUGCAUCUCAACACGUACCGGAGCCCGUCGGCGUUCCCUCUUCGUCCUCCUCUGCGACACUCGAUUCGAGCCCAGCGCUCUCCGCUGCGCAAACGGCCACGACAUCACUUGCUCCUCCUCUGUCGAUUAACAUGUCCUCGACAUUUUCUGAACAGGCGUCGCCAGUGCGUACUUCACCGCGAAACGCUUGGUCCGAGCGCGGUUCGCUCAAGACGCCGCAAAAGGCGCAGGCUACAACCACACUCGUUGUACCACAUGCUAACUCGGAUAAUUUGUCGAUGAAACCAGACACACUGACGAGCGUACGGACUGAUGACGGUGGUCAUAUCCCUACGAAGGUGGGCCAAAUGCCCUCUUCUCGUGCCAAAAGCGAUCCUUUUGUCGUCAAUUACAAUCAUGUCGCUCCUACUCUGGCAGACGCUCAGAAUUGGCCUCAGGUCGGUGAGGCGUCCGCCACUGCAUCCUCCCCUCGUCACGCGAGACCGUCCCCUUCGUCUGUCUCGCCUCUCAAUAUAGUCUCUGGUUCGCAAACACCUCCUCAUCCAGUGAGUGAAGGUGAAGCUGAUCAGUCUGGGGGAGAUAAAAAGAAAUGGAUUGCAAUUCCUGCAAAGGAGCUACAAGCAGCUGUAGAUGAGGUAGAAAGACGCCGAACGCCGAGCUCAAAAGGUCACUCACCACACCUCAAUGGACGUGGGCGAAGAAUAGAUGACGCCCAGAGCUCACAUGGUGCACGAGAAACCGGCUCUUCAGCUGCGUUGGGAAAUACGAGACACGACCGGACUUCCUCGCUUGGUGUCCCUAGCUCUUCGUCUUCACGACGCGUCUCCCCGCUCCAUCUCACCGCCAGUCUACCAGCAAAUUCAAACGAACCUACUCUCAACCCUUCUGUCUCAUCGCUAGUCGCUCCUGACCAUGCGGCUCUGCAGACUGAUCAUUCUUUCUACGCCCAGCCCAGUGGCAGCGGCUCGGGUAAUCAUUCCUCUUCAUCAGUAUCGAUACGAUAUUCUCCGUGGCAAACGCCAACGUUUACACCGUACCAUUCAGCAACUCAAAUGUAUCAAGCCCAUUCCCGAGGUGCGGCCAAAGGUGGCAACGGAACUCAACGACGCCAACGACGAAGAAGACGACCAACGCCGCGAGAAGCACCCCCUCUUGCGGGUUUCAGAGCAAACGCCGUUGUUAUCCUUCGAGCUGAGGACCACCCGCUUCUUGUCAACCUCAAUGGAGGUCAAGAUGUGGCAUUGGAUCUUUCACCGCGUCCUCCUUUAUCACCAAAAAGUAAGCCCCGUACUCGAAGUUCUUGGUGGUCACUUGGUGUUUCUUCCAAACACGUGGAGCGCUGGCACAAAAGAGACUCUUCUCUAUUAUCUCCUGCGCAAACUGGGCAUGACUUGGCCUCUGUAACUGCACAUAAUUUCUUGAGUUCGGAGGAAAUUUCGACUCCUUCAGAUGAAGAAACUCUUCAAGGGGUUAGUUCACGAGGAGCUGCGCUCGCGGUCGAACUGGCUGAUGCGCCUUAUGUGCCGAACGGCAUGACUCCUGGGUCUGGUCCAUCUGGCCUAGACAUAGAUCUUGCCAUACGGACACCAGUGUCAUCGAUGCAAGUUCAACCCGGAGUCGACCUAUUUGUGCCUCAUAUGCCGUCCCCUUCCUCUGUCGGUCAUCGAGCCGACUGGGUUUCACGCGGCGAUGGAUCGAUAGGCGCCUCUAACGCCCAAUUAUCUCAUUCCACCGUGAACCAUUCGCCACAUCCGACAGAAUCUCGACCAUUCUAUGGGGGUGGAGAUGAUAGAGGUCGAGGGAGAUGGAGAGGUGACGACAGAGGCCCUCGUGGGCGUGGUCGAGGAUUUCCGAGUCGCGGACGAGGGUUUAGAGGGAUGGGCAAUGCACGACCGUUUAAUCCUGCAUUCUCCCAGCCUCAGGGACAAUCAGCAUACCCUGGAGGGCACUAUCCCAGUACAACCCUCUAUAUUCCGGAGCCGCCGCUUCAACCUCACUAUUAUCCAUAUCCUUCGCCAGUCGCACCGCCAUCAUUUACACCUUAUCCAGCUGCCCCUGUUCCCACAGAAAGUAGCAGUGUUUCAGUUGGCAAACCACCGUCACCUCGACCUCUCACUCAUCUAUCAUUUCAUAUGGAAGAUACACGGUUCAGAUUACUCGGACAGAUCGAGUACUAUUUUAGCCAUGAGAACGUCGCAAAGGACGUCUACCUACGGGAACGAAUGGAUUCAAAGGGUUGGGUACCGAUACAAGUCCUACAGUCCUUUCCUCGUAUCCAAAGUCUCCGGGUGAGCGACGACAUGAUUCGCGAGACUUUACAAUGGUCCCAAUUUGUCGAAGUUCGACAAAGUCACGUACGAAUGGCGCACGACGAGUGGCGUCACUAUGUACUCCCAACCGCUUCAGAGAGCACAGUGCCAGAUGCACCUCAUUGGUACCCUCAACCGGUAUAUCCACCAUACAUGGGAGGCAUUCCCCCGCCAUUCUAUGGCUAUCCGCCACCGCCCUUCCCAUACUAUCCGCCGAUUCAACCAGAAGAAUCCUAUUCCUUUUCGAAUGGAAUCGCUGAACACAUCCUGCGAAGACCAGAGGAAAAGUCUGGCGGAAAUGGGGCGCAGGAGAGUGGGACGUCUGGUGGAAAUUCUAUUCACUCGACACCAAACAAGGUCGAUGGCGAAGAGCUCGAGACCUCGGAGGACGACGUCGUAUUCGUGAUUGGAGAUCCAUCACCCAUGGUCCGACCCUCCCCCGGUCCUGCAGAAUCCAAAUAG